AGUAGUACGCGUUAGCAGGUGCAGUACAUAGGUAGCAGUAAUUUCGUUGUCGCAGUAGUUUGUCUGUUUUUAUAUUUGCGACGUUCUUAGAAGAACGUCGGGCGUAUCUCAGCUUCUUCAUGACAGACUAAAAUCCCAGGACUAUUAUUCCCGAAAAUAAAAAAAUUAAAAAAUAGAAAAAGCAGCGAGCAGAAAAAAUGAAUACUUCCGGACCGAACUACCCUUUGGCUUCCCUGUACGUUGGGGAUCUGCAUCCAGAUGUCACCGAAGCGAUGCUGUUUGAAAAAUUUUCAGCAGCUGGCGCAGUCCUCUCCAUUCGAGUCUGUCGUGAUAUGAUGACCCGCCGCUCCCUGGGUUAUGCCUACGUUAAUUUCCAGCAGCCCGCCGAUGCCGAGCGCGCGAUGGACACCAUGAACUACGAUCCGAUGAAGGGCCGGCCCAUUCGCAUCAUGUGGUCGCAGCGUGACCCGUCGUUGCGCCGAUCGGGAUUCGGGAAUAUCUUCAUCAAGAAUUUGGACAAGAGCAUUGACAAUAAAUCCAUGUACGAUACUUUCUCCGGUUUUGGAGCCAUCCUAUCCUGCAAGGUGGCCCAGGACGAGCUGGGACAGAGUAAAGGCUAUGCCUUUGUACACUUCGAAACCGACGCCGCCGCCACGAGCGCCAUCGAAAAGGUUAAUGGCAUGUUGCUUAACGGAAAAAAAGUGUUUGUGGGACGAUUUAUACCGCGUGCUGAACGGGAGCGUGCCCUGGGCGACCAUCCGCGAAAAUUCACAAACGUGUUCGUAAAGAACUUCGGUGAAGAAAUGGACGACAACAAACUGUUGGCGCUGUUUGAGAAGUAUGGCAAAGUGACUAGUCAUGUCGUGAUGAAGGACGACAAUGGCAAGUCGCGCGGCUUCGGAUUUGUCAGUUACGAGUCGGCUGAAAGUGCCGAGCAGGCUGUCAAGGAGCUGAAUGCUACUGAAAUGAGCGGCAAAUCAUUGUAUGUUGGUCGUGCUCAGAAACGUGCCGAACGACAGCAGGAGCUGCGCCGACAGUUCGAGGCUAAACGUCAGGAACGCCAACGCAACUAUGUGCAGGGCGUCAAUCUGUAUGUUAAGAAUCUGGAUGAGAAUAUUGACGAUGAUGGUUUACGCAAGGAAUUCGCGCAUUUGGGCACCAUCAGCAGCGCCAAGGUCAUGAAAGAGGGUGGUCGCUCGAAGGGUUUCGGUUUCGUUUGCUUUACUAGUCCUGAUGAAGCCAACAAGGCCGUGCAGGAAAUGAACGGAAAAGUAGUGGGCAGUAAGCCACUGUAUGUCGCCAUGGCCCAGCGCAAGGAGGACCGUCGCAGUGCUAUGGCCAACCAGAUGAUGUCACGGUUCGUUCCUCAACAGUUCCGCCCACCCGGCCCGCAGAUGUUCCCCCAGGCCGGCAUUCCCGGCAUCGGACCACAGGCAUUCAUGUACCAGAACAUCCCUCCGCAGCGCGGUUACUUCCCAGCGGCGCAGAUGGGCGCCAUGGGUCCCAUUAUGGGUCAGCGUCCUCCGCAGCCCCGCUGGAUGAGUAAUCCCCGUCCGCAGCAAGGUGGACAGGCGGCUUUCGGGCAACAGCUGCAGGGUGGACAAGGUGGCCAGUUCCGACCGCGUGCCGGGAUGCGAGGACCUGCACCCGGUAUGCCUUCGGCACCGCGUUCGCUUGGCCCAGCUGCCGGUAUGCAACAACAGCCACAACGUGUGCCAGGCGCGGUCAUGCAGCAGGGAGCCCAGCGACCACAGAACGGUUUGCCGCAACAACCUGGCAUGCCACAACAGAUGCGGACGGGAGCCCCGGCGUUUGUUCGCGCAGGUGGCCAGCCGAUGGGAGCACGUGGACCAGGGCCUGCUCAGCAGAUUGCUGCUCCGAAUGCCAACACGGUGAUCGAUCCAUCGGUUUUGGCCAAGGCCAGUGUUAGUGAUCAGAAACAAAUGCUGGGCGAGAAGCUGUUCCCGGUUAUUCAGAAAAUCCAUCCGGAAAUGGCGGGUAAAGUCACCGGAAUGUUACUAGAAAUUGACAACGCCGAGCUGUUGAUGCUCUUGGACAAUCCAGACCAGUUGAAGAACAAGGUUGACGAGGCGGUGGCCGUGCUGAAAACACAUCUGAUGGCUGCUCCAGGAUCCACUCCAGCAGUGAAACAAGAAGUCGCUAAGUAGUGACGACGGAACAUUGGUUGUUUGAUGGAAGUAUUUAAAAAAAAUUUCUCUGUCAUUUCUUUUCGCUUUAAUUCAAAACCCAGCUGAAAAAAAUUUGCAUUCUUGAAUUUGUUUGCUUGCUUACAUAUGUACUGGUACUGUUAGUCUGCUACUAUUCUGCCGACGCCUCGACCCACUUUAACAUCUGUAAUGCUUACGAACACUGCUGCGUGCUCGAAUUACGAUCUUCUUCGAAAAAAAACUGACUCGCUUCUAGAA